AUGUGCGAUCAACCCGGAAUGUCAGGCUAUGCCGCCAUGUUGCCGGGCCCCUUCAUGUCCGGCUCGUCGUUCGGAAUGAUACCGGCCUCCUCGACGUCGUCAUGCGCCAGCCUCACCGCGCCCCCCUUCCACCCCGUCCACCCGGCGGCUCCCUUCACUCCGCCAAACACACUCGCCGGACUCGCACUCUCCUCGUUGGCCCUCACCUCCGGCGCCAUCGGCCCCGAGGCCGGUGCGCCUCCGUCCGGAGGCCUCAUCUACUCCACCGCCUCGAGUCCCUCCUCUUCGUCCAGCCUCGCGCCAGCGCCCAGUCUCAGCCCCCUCUCGAUGAUUGGUCAAACCGGCGUGUCUGCGCCCCCCGGCUUCAUGUCGUUUCCGGCCAGCGGCACCACCGGUCAAGACGCCAUCCUCGACAUGGUCUGUCCGGGCUCGGGGCAACAGCAUCCGCUAACCAGGUCCCUCUUGAAUGUUCUCACCGGCUCUCGAGCCCUUCUUCCCGGUACCUCCUCGUACGGGCCAGACUGCGCCGCGCCGUCUCUGGGCAACUUCAACACGACUCAUGCUCUCUUCGCCGGCUCCGGCGUUGGCUCUCUCUCCCGCAGUCUUUCGGUGGGUCAGGCGAUGGGCAAUGCGCACUCGGUCGCCUCGCAACAGACGACGCCGUCGCCCUCGAACCUUGGCUCGGUCGGCGCCGGCUCCAACAUGAUUGGUCUCUACGCGACUCAGACGUCCCUUUCGCCUUACCCAUUGGCGGCCGGUGGGCACGCGGGCUCGAGUCCCGCGGGACUCGUCAUGCCAACUAGCCAAUCAGGACUGCUGGUCCCGCCGGGCCCGCUAGACUCCUCGUCGCAGGCCAGUUCGGCCAGUCCCGCGAGUCCCGCCCUGUUGGCGUCCGGCCAGUCGCAUUCGCAUUCGCAGUCGCCCGCUUGUCUCUUCGCGUCGGCGGCAAAUCACGUGAUUGCGGCGCCAUCGGCCAAUCUACAAAUCAACGAGUCCCUCUCCACCUCGGCCUAUAACCCCGGCUCGCAGAUGCCCGCACGGCCGGGACUCGAGCUGGAGGCCAAUCAGAACGCCGCCAUGCUCGCCGGACUCGGCGGAUUGGCCGGAUUCACCGGCUUGCCCGGCCUCGCCGGUUUCGCCGGUUUCGCCGGAUUGGCCGGUCUGGCCGGUUUCACCGGCUUGGGCGCCUUCGCCACCACCGCUCCGGCCGUUCCGCCGGCGGGACUCGUCAAUGCGCCGGUCGUCUUCUGCAAGCGGGACAUUUCGGUAAUGCCCCACCUCCACUCUGUCUCGCCUCGGGCUGGGUCGCUUAAAUUGAAUUCAGUAGUGCUUAGGCAAUUGUCGCCUCUUAACAUGCCAUUCGUAAUUAAUAUGAUGGAUGAGCAUGCAAAUCACUGCACAUUUUUUCAAAUCGUGCACCAAUACGACGUCGAGAAUGGAAUUGUAAUGCGCUCAACCGUAUCAAUUAAAAGGCGGGAUUCAUCUUUUAUUGAAAUGAAACACCUUGCAGAACAUUCCAAAUCUGUACCUCGCCGUGUCUAA